GUUACAAUUGAUGGAGUUCACUUGGAGACUUUGCACAACCGCUUUCCUGUGCCGCGAGUUGUGCUUGAACAGGAACUUGGUUCUCCAGUUGUACGAUCGUCUAAAAAUCAUUUCUGGAUAUUCUUCCCGGGCUCGUGGUGGGGUGCAAUAUCAAGCUUCUUACAUGUUGGAUUCGGUUCUGUUUGCUGACAUGCUACGGCCACUGUCCACAGAGAGUGAUGUUCUACGAGAUGCUUUGCAGAGGUUUGCGAAAGUCUCCAUUGAAGCCCGUAUGAUGCCUCUGCAGGUGUUAGGAAAGCUAGCCUCUGACACAGCUUUCAAAACAAGAGCAUGUGAACGCAUGAUCGAUUUGGAAUCCAAUGACGGUGUGGUUCAAAUGAGACUCCGAUCCCUGAUGACUGACAUGGGAACCGAGGCAUCACUUUGGUUGGUGCCUAAUUUUAACCAGCCGCAUGAGAAAUUGUUUCCAUUCAUCCUUCCGAUUGCAGACCUAGACCAUGGUUUGCACCAUUGCAUGCUCGAGACCGUGUUGGGCUAUGAUGAGGUUUUGUGGUACACAUAUGAAAAACAGGUUAGUGCACUGGCGAAACUCUUUUCACGGAGGGAUGUGGUCAACCGAUUUGUGAAGUUCCAAAUCCUUGAUCACCCUGACAUUCCUGCAGCCGCAAAGGAAAGCCUGGCUUCCAUGUUUGACAAGCUAUGUAGUGACAAAGCUUUGUGCUAUGAAUCCGACAAGAUGUUCACCCACAAACACCUGCAGCAGAAAUACUACAAGGCAUUGCUGUACGCCAUGACAUACCAUGACGAGGUGCAGGAGGUUCCUAUUGAUUUGGUGGCUGCUGGCUACGUUGCCAACGACGGACAUCGCACAAUUUGUGAGGUUGCCCUACCAGUACUUCGGGAAGUGAUGCAAGAAUCUGAGUGGGAAUCCAAAGUUCCAAUCCUGCAAGCCCGUGAAGCAUUGCGACGUGUAGAUUAUGCUGGUAACAGGUUUUGGGGAGCAAACCUAGACUAUAGCAGAAAGCGUACAGUUGAGGACAUCAUUGUCAGCAGCACCUGCUGCGGCAGCUACAAAGAAGAGACCAGCUACACGCAAACCAAAGGUCCAUCGAUGUGCUGCUUUGGAGACAUCACAGAGAUGCUCCCUCCAUCAGUGAAGGAAGAUGCAUUGAAGCCAUAUUUUGAAACAGUGAUGAUUUCUCAGGAGUGGCUGAUUGACAACACAUUCCUCAGUGAGAAGAAAUACACGGAGCGAUUUCCACAGUGGAAGGUUCAGAACAUCGAAUCGCGUGGUAUUGAUGCGGGCGCUGAUUAUUUGAACGAGAUCAGGUUCAAAAAGCGAAUGAAGAAGUGGUACAACUUCACCGACAAGGAUGCUGAUGAAAAGUGGCAAGAAGCUGUUAGGGACCCUCAAGUGCCGAAAGGCACAGACCAAACUGCCGGAUCUCGUACUGAGAAUGCGAAAGCAGUGGAGGAGCGUCGGACUUAUGAAGUUGAACGUGGUGACCAAGAAGAAUUGGACGAUAUCCGGGACGGGCAGCCACAUGAGAGUUCUUUCGCAAAGGCCAAGGCAAAGCCGAAGGCCAAGGCCAAGGCAAGACCCGACGUGACCAGCCGCCGCGGUGGUGGUGAUGGGGCUGGGGGACGACCCAAAAAGGGUGAGGAUCCAGAGAUUGCCAAGAUCAUGGUUCAGCGAGAUGCAUUGUUGACAUCCCGAAAAUGGUCAAGUGAGAUUUCCGUGUUGAGCAAAAAAGUUUCACAUGCACUUGAAGCUGCCAAGGGUUAUGAAGGAACGGAGGAGCUUUCUAACAUUCUUAUCGAGCGCUUCAAGAAGCUCGUGGCUAUGGGGCCUGAAGUGGUCUCCUCGCCAUCCAAGGAGAGAACCAUGGUUCACGACAUGGACCGUGAAUCAUUGAGAAAUUCACUCAGCCCAAUGAGCAGUGGAAAGGCACACCAGCUAGAAGCUCCAACCAAGAAGGGACUCACUGACUAUGACAAGAACAUGACAGGCCUUGCAGCUUCCAUCCAGAAGGGGGUUAACACCUUGAAUGACUUGGUGGACAAGGUCGAGCAGGAGAAGGUGAAAGAACAAGCACGUCAGGAGCGCUUAGCCAAAGAGUUAGCCAAACGAGAAGCCAAAAAAGCAAAGAUGUUGGCAAAGGCUAGAGAAGAGGGCAACGCAUUGGCUGGAGAAGACUUGGCCAAGGGCAAUGGUGGCCCUGAUGCUGCUGUGGAGGAUGAGAACUCGCAGGAUGGUUGGGCUUCAGAUGAAGAGGAUGGUAUUUGGCCAUUGCUGGCAUCUGCAAAGGAUCUCAUGCUGAUAAAGUCGGAAAAUGUGGGUGACUUUGACGAGCACCCAAACAUCACAAAGGCUAUGGCUUUCAGCGUGACCAGUGACAUCUUGGGUAAGCUCAAGGGCAUCUACAACGUUGUCGAGUGCACCAAAGCGAGAAAGGAAAAACCGGAUGCGGCGCACAACUUCCGAGGUGAUGAGAAUUUUGCUGCGGAUGAUCUUUUUGCUGACCAGACAGACAAGGUCAAGGAAUGGUUGACCAAAAUUCUUUGUGGAACAAAGGACAUCCUUUCCUUAGCUGUCCAGAAGUUUCAGAAGAGUCCACACACUGAUGUUCUGGAAAAGAUCCUUUCCCCUCAAGUGGUUGCAGCUGGUGCUGAUUGGCAGUGCUGCAACUUCAGUGAUUUCAUGUUUGGAAGAACCGUGGUGAGUUUGCAUGGUAGCACUUUCGUUGCUGGCAUUCCGUUCAGCUUCUUCAACGUGCAGAAGUCGGGAAAAAGUGUUGCCAUGAUCUCUGAGGAAUUGGGCAACAUGACCCGGUCUGCAUUGAUUGAGAACAACGGCUUCUAUGUUUUCCUGGAUAUGUUCCAAGGCGUUACAAUUCCACCUGGAUACUUGUACUUCCAGUGCAAUGUGGGUGCUAUGGACUUCGGUGAUGCAUGCCAUACUUCUGGAGGAUCUGGGUGUGAUUUUCUGGUGCUCACUGGUUUGCCUCCUUUCAUCCUCAAGGAUUCAUCAGCUAUGACAUCACUACGGGAAACCAUCGAGAAUGGCAUCAAAUCGAUGCGCAUGGAUGAUGAAGGCAAGGCUUUCAAAGGCCCCAUCAACAAGCUGAGCUUUGCCAUGCAGAUCUGUUCUGCUUUCGAGGUGAAACAAGAACCGUCACAAGCCGCCACAGCUGAGGAGCAGGAACAGGAGCAAACAUCUGCUUUGCCCGCUGUGCAGGAUGGUUCAGUCGAGCUGCUGCGUCUUGACUACAAUGCACUACCAGAAUCUCGAUCUGAGCUCGAUGAGCUCUUCCUUCACCCGGACUUUGAUUUUGAGUUGGAGCUUGAGCGUGCAAAACAACGUCCAGAGUUGAAAGACUUCUUGUAUGAAGAGUACGACCCGGACUUCGUCUUCGGGGUGCCAGAGAAUGAUCCUGGACAAGAUUUGGCCGACUUCCUGGAUUGGUUGGUGCAGAAAGGUGAGAAAGCCGAUGAGAACACCAAUGGACAAGAUGGUAUGCAGGACAAGGAGACUGAGCUUGGUCAACCAGAGAGCACUGCAGUGCCAGAGGGCAAGCCGAGCUCUGAGGUAGUUGAGAAGCAGAUGGAGGUUGAUCACAAGCUUCCUGCUGCAGAGACGAAUGAAAAUUCUGAGGCAGCUGUGGCUAUGGCACAGUUGGAGGUUGAGAAUUCUGAGGCAAAGACUAACAUGGAAGUUGAGCCCACGUCGGGUUCACCAGCUCCACUUCCAGGCAACUCAGAGAUUUCCGUUGAUGCAACCACGGCCAACAAUGGGAAUGCCAUGGGGGUUGGGGCCAAGUCCGCUUCAGCCGCUCCAGAUGCAGAGCCCAAGUCGGGUUCACCAGCUCCACUUCCAGGCAACUCAGAGAUUUCCGUUGAUGCAGCCACAGCCAGCAAUGGGAAUGACAUGGGGGUUGGGGCCAAGUCCGCUUCAGCCGCUCCGGAUGCAGAGCCCAAGUCGGGUUCAGCUGUUCCAGAUGCAGCCAACCAAGAGAUUUCCUUUGAUGCAGCCACGACCAGCCCAAAGGUAUCGACAGAGAAGGAUGAUGUGAAGGAUUCCCAGUUACCGACUACUACGAGCAACCGUCAGAAAGAGGUGGACAAAUUCUUCGCACUGGGCUUCAAGAACGACCCCGAGUUCAAAAAGGCUCAGUCAUUGCCUGUGGAGGCUCCCAAAGAUCAAACGGCACCAAAGAAGAAAGGAAAGGAACCAAAGGCCAAGGUGACCCCUAAGCAAGUUGCCAAGGCUGCUUCGAAGAAAGCAA